CAAAAGCGUCAUGGACUGGUACUUGGACGAGCAGAGCUUGGCGUUACAGUACUACGCCGCGACCCCUGGUCAGCGCACCUUCAAGGUCCGGGUAGACGCUUUGUGCGACUAUGUCCGUCCGCUGGUGCUCAAGGCAUUUAUCCAGCGCUCCAAAACUUGGGACAUCAUCACGUCCGACGCGGACCCACGGACGCCCGACCUGCUGUGGCAAGAAUACGAAGACCUGGACUGGAAGGAGAUCUUGCGUGGCCAAGUGGUGGCCAACUCGUACUGCGUGCGCAAAGGCUUGUCGCGCAAGGCGCAGUUGUCCAUCUUCCUCUCCAAGUACAUUCGCAAGCAUCCUGGCUGUAUCUUGAGCAAGGCGCUGCCUGAAACUCUGGUCGUGGACCUCUGGGACGCGUUCGACCAGAGCUUGGCCGACCUCGGCGUGAGCUUCCGCAACCGCCUCGAGUCGUGUCUGUGGGAAGUCAAGCAACUGUUCGACCCAGACAACCAACACGCGUACGCCCCCGACUCUUGCUGGAUCAUGAAGCCCAGCGCCACCAACAAGGGAGCCGAAGUGAACGUGUUCAACACGUACGACAAGUUCAAGGAUAUCAUUUCUAACUGGACCGACAUCCGAGAAUGGGUGGUCCAGGCGUACAUUGAGCGUCCGUUGCUUCUCCGCAACCGUAAAUUCCACGUCCGGGUGUACGUGGUGGCCGUGGGCGCGUUGCAAGUGUACGUGUAUCAAAAUGUGCUUCUGCUCACGUCUUUGAACGCGUACGACCCCAAGAACGUGGACGACAAGCUGUCGCACAUCACCAACACGUACCAGCAGCAGGACCAUCCGGACUUUGUCGAGGCCGACUGCGUGCUGCUCUUGGAAGACAUGGAGCGGAUUCUGACGCAAGAUCGUCACAUGUCGGCCACUGACGCCAAGAGCGUCACGACAACCAUGCUGGCCGAUAUUGGCGCCAUCACCCGCGAAGUGUUUGCUGCGUAUCGGGGCGAGUUUUCCGUAUUCCAGCCACUACCCAACUGCUUUGAAGUGUACGGCGUGGACUUUGUCGUGGACGAGGACUUUCACGUGUGGCUGUUGGAGGUCAACCCUGGCCCUGACUUCAAGCAGACGGGCGGCCGACUGCAGCCACUGAUCCAGACGCUGUUUGAAGGCAUGGUGGACAUUGUCACAGAUACGUUCUUCACCACCCCCACGACCCCCACGACGUACCCCGCGUUUGAAAAAGUGUACGACGACAACUGGGGCACGUCGGCCUCCAUGACAUUUCGAGAAGACUAAGACUGGCAUGCAUUGUUUGGAACCUAAACUUGUUGCUUACAUGUUCGAAAUCAAGAUCUAUAAGACUUUUGGAUUGACCUCGA